UCGGCGCUUAAAAAAGUGGAAACACUGAUUUUCACUUUAUCUCCAAAAAACACUUCUAUGGACACACAAACUGGCCAAUGUUUCGAAUUCGUGCCAUUUAUACCUACGAGUAGUUUUCAAAUUGAUUCAGCUCGACCUAUUUUCCGCAGACCUUUGAGCACACCUAUCUCUCUUGCAAAUAAGUGCUGUCUGCAUCAUUCGUCAUCUCUCAUCGAGAUCUACCUACACAAAAAAUAUUUUGAAAAAUUUUAAUCUCUGAGGGCCGGUUUUUCAAUUGCCAGUUAGUGGGAUUUAAACGGCAGUUAGUACUAACCGACCAGUUAAUGAUUUUUCAAUCAAUGGUUAAAAUUUAACUCAUAGAUAGCGCCCUAACUGCUGGCCAAAUGUAACCCGGCAAUCCGAAACGAGAGUUAGGUGAUAACUGCUGGGUUAUUAGACAUGUUAUGUAAACAUUUCAUCAUCUGGAGCAAAAAUGUCACCUAUGGGUUUUUAAUUAUUGUGAAUUCCGUGUUACAUGUACGUUUUGUUUCCUUUUGAUGUACUUACAUCUGCCGUGAAUUUGUCAUUAUUUGUCAUUUUUCAAUUAUUGUAUGAUUCCGUUGAAUUUGUUGUUAUUUGUGCUGUUCAUUUCUCCGCGUUGUUAAAAAAAUAAUAAUGAUGAGUGCUGCAUUUGUUGAAGAAUCUUUAAAAAGAAAAAGAUCGAGGGGAGAUAACUAUUGUUCUAGAGAGGUGGAAGACUUGUUAACUAUUUGCAAUUCCUAUAAUUGUAUCUUGGAAAAUAAGAAGACAGAUUUAGUUUCAAAUUCACAAAAAGUAUCAUGUUGGCAAGAGAUCGAGCAAAAGUUUAAUAAAAGCAGCGUUUCUGUGUUUCGGAAAAAAGAAUCGUUACAGUCUAAAUACGAAUCAGUUAAAAAAAUGCUUCGAAAAAGAGCAGCUCUUCAAAAAGCUCAUGUAAUGGGUACAGGUGGAGGGGAAUAUCUGAAAUUAAAACCACUAUCAGAGCAGGAGGAAAUUCUGUAUGCCAAUAUCAAGUUGAGUGCAGAAGGUCUACCAAAUUGGUAUGGGAUGGAUUCAUCAGCAGUUGUAGGUAUCAAUAAUGAGUACAGCAACAAUGAAGCGAAUAAUAGAUACGCGGAGGAACAUGUAGAUAACGACCUUCACGAACUCGAGAGUUCACAGGAUACAGAAACCAAUGUAGUUGUGGAUUGGGCAGAAUUCUCCGCUCCUAUGUUGCAGACUCGAAAAUCACCUCAGCUACAGCUCAAUAAUGGGUUAACACACAGCCAGCAGUCAAAUACAUUACCUCGAAGCCAGACAUCAAAUUUGUCCCAGAAUAUCAAUCAUGUUGAACCUGUCAUCGUAGUUGCCAGUACAAGUGCCGCGGUAGUUCAAUCAUCACAGAUGACAAAUCAUAAUGUUAGUAAUGGAACUCCUGCUGCUGCUGUUAGUGGUAACCUUCCUGCAGCCACCGCAAAUGGCAUUCAAGCACGAACCACUGUCACUCCUAAUCCGCCAGCAAACACUUUAAAUGUAAUUCGUAAGAAAAGGACUCCUCACAAAAAUGUGAAAAGUAAACCCUUUGAGGAGUUGGCAGUGAAAAAAUUAAAAUUAAUUGAACGAGAGCUUGAACUAAGCGACUUGAAGAAAACACACCUACAAGAAGAGCAUGAGUGGAAAAGGCAAAAAUUUACCAUAGAGUGUGAAAUCUUGAAAAAGCAAUUGGAAUCGUGAUCCUGAUGUUUAGGUAUAUCAUUUUUUUUAUCGUUUUAGAUCAAUUCGUUGAAUUUUUAAUUCCGGAAGGAUUCGAUGAGAUUUAUUUUAAUUUUUCCUUUGAAUUACGCUGGGUUGUUUUCUAGUUUUAGUUUAUUCCUUGAUUUUUAGUUGUUCGUUGAAGUGUUUUUAGUACUUUUUAGCAACAUCAUUGGCUUCAUUUUUUUUACAAUGUUACAGACUUUAAUGUUCAAUUUUCAGUUCGUGAAGGAUACGAUGAAAUUCAUUUCAAUUUUUCCUUUGAAUUAGCAUAUUUUAUGUUUAUUUUUAGUUUGUUCCUUGAAUUUCAGGUGUUCGUUGAAUUUUUUUAAAAUUGUAACUAGACAAACCAGCUCAGUUUUUAUUUACUGACAAAAAAUUGAAUCUACAUUUUCUCCUACAGAUCACACAAGGAUGUUUUAAUUUUUCAACGAUGUUAUUGUUUUACACUUUUACUGCAAGUACUUUUAUUUUGUUCAAAUUGUUUUAUGAAAAACGUGUUCAUUUUUAAUUUCUGAUAGAUUGUAAUCACCUUUUUUCCUGUUGUUUCUGUGAUGUUACUUUACUUGAAGUAGUUUUAUUAUUUUGUUUGAAUUGUUCCA